ACAUUGGACGAAAGGGCGUCCCAGAUGCGCUGCGGCGAAGGCGUCGCAGCGUCGCUCGAAAGAUGGUGGAUGCGAAGGCGGGCGCGGCGUGAACAGACAGCCUCGGGGGCCCAUGGGCGAUAUUAAUUCGGGGGAGACGCGAUGGGUGGCAUUGAGGCUCACACGCCCGCACAGCCACGGUUGGCAAUUGGCCGCGCCGCAGCUGGGGAAAAAGGAGUUCCUCGCAGCGUGGGGCGGUGGAGCCAAGCCGGUGGGCCCCUGCCGCGCGUCUUGCCCGUCUCUCGACCUGAGACUGUUGAAAUGUGGAUUUGCACUGAGUUUGAUAGAAAGAAGACGGAUCUUUGUUCCACGCUGGAGCGGGUAUCGGACGUGUCAAAAUGCAGCAGCGCGCGACCACGUUUUCGCGCCACGCGGCGAAACGCACAUCUCGACCACCCCGUUUUCCCGGCCCUGUUACCUUCGAAGGUACUCGCGAUAAUGCCACUCCCAGUGGCCAUCGGGCGCACGUUUCAAAAAUGCUCCGAAGGCGGAGCCGUGCUCAGGAUACGUUCCGUGAGGUCAGACGGCAAGGCCGUGCCUGCGCCGGUGUUAGCUCGUCUCUAAGCUUCUCCGCUGUUUCUUAAACUGCAUAGAUCUUAUUCUCCGACGAGCUACUCCAUAGUUCCGAGUCUAUUUCGAUCCUGGCCCCCAUGACGAGAACGUAUCCCGAGCAUUGUAGCUGCAGUCGCUGAAGAUUCGCUGGACGCUGCAACCCAGAACUGUUCUCCCGCACCUACG